CGCGGAGUCACUUCCUGCUGGGUGGAUGAGGAGGAGCCCGAGCUGCCGCGGAGGAGCCCGAGUAGAGACGGACGGCGCCGGAGAGCAGGAGGGCGAAAAUGAAAGCAGGCUGUAGCAUCGUGGAAAAGCCAGAAGGAGGUGGAGGGUAUCAGUUUCCUGACUGGGCCUACAAAACCGAGUCGUCGCCAGGCUCCCGGCAGAUCCAGCUGUGGCACUUCAUCCUGGAACUGCUGCAGAAGGAAGAGUUCCGCCAUGUCAUCGCCUGGCAGCAGGGAGAAUACGGGGAGUUCGUCAUCAAGGACCCAGACGAAGUGGCCCGCCUCUGGGGCCGCAGGAAGUGCAAGCCACAGAUGAACUAUGACAAGCUGAGCCGGGCCCUCAGAUACUACUACAACAAGAGGAUCCUUCAUAAAACAAAAGGGAAAAGGUUUACUUACAAGUUUAACUUCAACAAGCUGGUGAUGCCCAACUACCCUUUCAUCAACAUUCGCUCAAGUGCUGUGAACCUGUUUCUACAAACGUUUCCGAUUUUCUAUGAAACUACAAGCUCUCCCUUAUCAAGUGAAUGUCAUCAAAACCACAGCGCCCUUGAUCAUGUCUGCAGUGAAAGGCCAAGUCUCUGAUCUGCACCAGCACUCAACAGGGCUCCUCAGUGCAAGACUUUGGACUUGACUUAGCCUCCUCUCCUUUGAAGUGCAAGCAGGCUUCCUCCUCUGUGCUGUCUGUCUUACAGCGCUCAUCAGAGCUCACAGCCUUUUGGUCUGCUCCUUGAUGAAGACGCAUCCACUUCCAAAGGUGUUGGAUGUAGUUGUCUGAGUUAGAGUUAGGUUAGAGUUUUCUUUUUGCUUUGGGGAUUUUUGUUUGUUGGAGGGGAGCGGGGCACAUGUUAAAGAUAAUAAAUUAUCCUCCUGCUCAAGAGUCAGGUUUUUUCUAUGUGAGACAGGUCUCACUAUGUGGUCAGGCUGGUCUUGAACUUCACUCUUGUCAGCUUGGCCUAGGGCAGUCUUCCUGCCUCAUCAUCCAAGUGCUAGGAUUACAGGUGUCGAGGGCCAUCUUUGACCAGUUUGAUCAUUGUUCUUUGUGACAUUCUACGCAGAGAAAGGAGGGCAGGACUUUGAAUAAAAGUGCUCAGAAGUUGGCAGAAACUUGAAAAAUUAGAGGAGGGUGUGGCUAAGAGAAUAUAAUGCUAAGAUGAUCUAGAUAUGUAAUUACUGCACACAACAAGUUAGGGCAGUUUGAGCUUGACUGCUAUCAUUGAGUCCCACCUCUCCAGCAACCGCUCCCGCCUGUCCCUGGGGCAUGCAUUUGGGGGUGGGGGUUGGAAUGCACCUCUAAUUACCACCUGUCUUCUUUCCCUGUGCCUAAGGGAGCUGCAUUAGGAAAUCAGAGCUGUUCUAGCCCCUGGAUUCUUGUUUCCUCUCUUUCUCACUCUUGCUUCUUCCCUAUGCGCCUAUGGAAAGUAGGACUCUAGAUGGGCAUGCCAUCGAUUUUGAAGGAAUGUGUUGGGCUUCAUACCCUUGCACUCCAUGUCCAAAAAUGUUGGUCUUAUUCUUUGAUCCAUUUUCAUCAAUUGAAAGCCCAGAAGUUCAACCACUUAGACAACUUGAAUAGAAUGGCCAUCAACCCCUGGGACUACUCUGGUUUCCAAGGCAAGGGCUCACUGGACUCUGACCCUGUAGAAGCUCUGCUCUGCAGACCUAACAAUAGUUAGUGGUCUGGCACAGCAGUUACACCAAAAGCUGUUAAACUGGCACUGAUCACUAAUAGGUUCAAGAUGCUAAUCAAAAGUUCUGGGGUGGCCAUAGCUCAGAAAAGCACUUGCCUAGCUUAUAUAAGGCCCUGGGUUCAACUCUCAGCACAAAAUAAUAUUAAUCAUCAUCAUCAUCCCAGGAAAAGCAAGACAGUGAACCAUCCUUUUAGGUUGUUGACUCCUUGGUAUAGAUAACUCUGAAGAACCAGAGCUGUUUGUUUGCAGAGAACUUUUACCCACAUAGACCAAGUGUUUAAGAUUAACAUGAUGUUGAGAAAGGAAAGUAACAUCUGCUUAGUGAGGUGCUUCUGUGUUUUUGUCUGUUCUGUUUAAUGAGUUUCUAUGCUUUUAACCUAGUAAAAUUUAUGUCUUGAUACUCUCUUACAAAUGACAAAAUUAAAUGUGAACACAGCAGAAUCAAAUACAGAAGUAAGUCCAGUUCUUCAUUCAACUAUUAGAGGCAUGCUCUUGUUUUAUAUAUCAUGCAAUCUUCCUCUUGGUUAGGAUUCAUCCAUGUGUUAACAGAUGUGUUAAUCCCUAAAAAAAAAAAAACAAAAAAAAAAACAAAGGAGUAUGAGGAAGUUCUUUUCC